AAUGACAGACAAUGCAUCGAUAAUGUUAAAGUGCGUGGUUUACCCCAAAUAGUUCAAAACAGUGAAAGAAGCGACAGUAUCUCAGUGUAUUGGCCCCUUGGGGGUUAUAGGGCACCAAUAAAAGUGCAAAAUGUCUAUAAAGGCCUUCGGCACGCGCCUGUUCAAACAUGGUACAACCUUUGUACGGCACAUAUGCAGAAGGGAUCUCAACACCACAAACAUUGCUGACAAAAUUAAUGUAGCGCACCAAGUACCGCAAGCACCUUCAAAGGUGUCCAAUGUCCAGAUCGUGCCCAGGACUGCAUUCAGGAAUGUGGGAUUGCAGAUUGGUCUCCAGGCCAGGAGGAUCCUCAUCGACAAUGUGUUGAACAGAGUCACCAACAGUUUGGCCGCUGAAUUAAGAAAGAAGGCGGCCAAAAGGAUUUUGUAUGGGGAUUCAGCACCAUUUUUCGCUCUUGUUGGAGUCAGUUUGGCGUCUGGAACUGGCAUUUUGACAAAGGAGGAUGAGCUAGAAGGAGUUUGCUGGGAAAUAAGGGAAGCCAUUUCAAAGAUAAAAUGGCACUAUCACGAUGUGGAUGUAGACAAGGGCAAAUUUGAGGACAACCCUGUGACUUUGAAUGACUUAUCUUUUGGUAAACCCAUCGCAAAAGGCAGUUAUGGAGUUGUGUAUGCAGCAAAAAUCGACACUCAAACAUCACAAAACGAAUCCGAACCGACACAGAUUGAUGAAACAAUCAAAGAUGAUGAAGUCCAAAGUCAAGUCACUGAAGUUGAAAAGGUGGUUCCUAAGAAAAUCAAAGUGGAAAAUGAAGAUGACAUCACAAAGUUUCCUUUGGCUUUGAAAAUGAUGUUCAAUUAUGAUGUUCAGUCAAGUGCCAUGGCGAUUCUUAGAGCCAUGUAUGCUGAAACUGUUCCAGCAAGGGUAUAUUUCAACAAUUUGGGUACAUCUGAUUGGGAACUGGAGUUAACAUCAAGGAAGAGACAUCUACCACCUCAUCCAAAUAUUGUGGCAAUAUUUUCGGUAUUCACCGACCUUAUGCCGGAAUUAGAAAACUGUAUGGAAUUAUAUCCUGAUGCACUUCCACCUAGAAUUUACUCUGGUGGAUCUGGAAGAAAUAUGUCCUUGUUCUUGGUAAUGAAAAGAUAUCACACGAAUUUGCAGAAGUACGUACAAGAAGGCAAUUUGUCCAUCAGAAAGUCCAUUCUGCUCUUGACCCAGCUCCUGGAAGGCGUAGCCCAUCUGACGGCUCACGGAAUCGCCCACCGGGACCUGAAAGCCGACAACCUCCUGCUGGACACAUCCGAACCCGACGUACCUGUUUUGGUGAUCAGCGAUUUCGGUUGUUGCCUCGCGGACCGCUCUAACGGUUUGAUGUUGCCUUACACCAGCUACGACGUGGACAAGGGCGGAAAUACAGCUCUAAUGGCUCCUGAAAUUAUUAUGCAACAACCGGGAACGUUCAGGGUGUUGAACUACACGAAAUCUGACUUGUGGGCGGCCGGAACCAUUGCCUACGAAAUAUUUGGAUGCGACAAUCCAUUUUACGAGGUCAAAAACAAGGACAGAUUGAGAAAUGUGAAUUACAAGGAGGAAGAGUUGCCCGAGUUGCCAGAUGACGUUCCUGUAAUCAUUAAGUUUUUGGUUAAAAAUCUCCUAAUGCGCAAUCCCAAUAAGCGUGUGGAUCCUGAGGUAGCUGCCAAUAUUUGUCAGCUAUUCUUAUGGGCCCCAAGUGGUUGGUUGAAGCCUGGCAUCGCAAAACUUCCUUCUAGUGCUGAAAUCCUUCAGUGGCUGUUGAGUUUGACCACUAAAAUGCUUUGCGAGGGACGAAUAAAAAAUAACAGUUUUCAGUCAAAAUCAGAAGCUAAAACUGAAAACAAUGAUAACGCGAACAUGAGAAGCGGAAGGAGAACUUAUCCAGAGUAUCUGUUGAUUUCCAGUUUUCUUUGCAGGGCUAAAUUGUCCAAUAUUCGGUCGGCAUUAUCGUUUAUACAAAAUUGUUUUGAUUACUAAGCAUAUUUUAUUUAUAGUUAUAUUUAUAGAUACUAUUAUAUUAUCUAUUAUACUUAAUACUACUUAUUACUAAUCUGUUUUAAAUGUAUUGUGACUUAUUAAAAUGCAACAUCUUAAAGACUGGA